AAAGAAACAAGACGGGAAAAAAAAACAAAAUGGAGCGAGGAGAAAGAUAGAUAAGCGAAACACUUUCUUUUCUCUCUGGCGGCCGCCGGAGAGAGCCUGACGCAGUGAUGGAGAGAGAGGCCGCUGCCGUGCCCAGCGUCUCCGCGAGCACCAGCGACGAGACCAACAACCCCAACACCGGCAUGUCCCAGGAGGAGUGCAAAGAUAGGAUCCGCGAGAGCCUCAAACAUCCGACGGUGAGGUUUCUCCGGGAGCAAAUGGAGAAAGCCGGCUGCCCCGUUUGGGUGCGGCUUCUCCUGGCAACCAAAUGCAGCGACCAAGGCUCUGCCGGCGGCUAUGCGAGCAAGCGGGGGAAUCCAGCUAUAUAGUGGCUAACAAAAGUGCGCAAGGAUUCGCUAGGUUCUUUUGGCAAAGCUGACAUUGCUAUGUAAUUAAGGUGUGGAGGGAGUGCAGACAUGCUUUUGGUUCACAAGAAAGUUGCUGACUCCCAAGGUAUUUGCAUGCCUUCAAUAUCUCAUUGAAGGUGUAGCUAUCUUAAAGGUUCUCUGGGCCAUGUAAGCU